AUGCCUUUAAUAACGUAUAAUAACGCGGACGUUGAAAAAUUUCGUAUUUUAAAAGAUAAUAAUGGUAAAUCCGGAGUUUAUUGUUGAGUAAAUAAAGUCAAUGGUUCUAAAUAUGUAGGUUCAUCUAAAAAUUUAUACAGAAGAUUCUUACAAUAUUUUAACACUGGGUAUUUGCUUAAACUUGAAAAUAUUGUUAUUUGUAGGGCUUUACUUAAACAUGGUUAUUCCAUGUUUAAUCUUGAAAUCCUUGAGUAUUGUGAUUCUAAGGGUUUAAUAAUACGUGAACAGUACUAUAUAGAUUUAUUGAAGCCUGAAUAUAAUAUUUUAAGGAAGGCAGGGUCGGCAUUAGGUUUUAAACAUAGGGAAGAAACUAUAGCUAAGAUGUCUAUCUCUAAAGCAGGAGAAAAUCCUAUGUUUGGUAGAAUAGGAGAAAAACACCCUAUGUUUGGGAGAACAGGUGAAAAAAGUCAUAUGUUCGGAAAACCAAAACCUGAAGGGUCUGGAAGCCCUUCACAACAGAUCGAAGUUAUUGAUCUUAAAACCAAUACAACAACUAGAUAUGAUUCUAUUUCUGCAGCUGCAUUAGCUUUAAAUAUUUCACGAACUAGAAUUUCUAUAUGUUUUAACCGAAAUCAAAUUAAACCUUACAAAUCGCAAUAUAUUUUCAAAAAUUUCUAA